UAUGGUAUCGAAAACUGCUUCUUCAGUAUAGCGUCAAUAGCGGUGCACAGAAGUUCAUAUUUCAGUCACUUCGUGAGUUGUUACGGUGAGUGAUGUCUACCUUUUAUAAUAUAUAAGAUAUAUGAGUUUAGAAAAGUUUUGCUUUAUUUAGUUUUUGAUUUUUCGCGGUAUUGUUACAUUGUUAUAACGGAAAUAACGAUCAAUACUGAUGAUAUUAACUGAGUGAUUUUUAGAAACAAGCACAAUCAAAAAAAUGCUUUCUUUGUAAGCAAGAGAGAGUCAAGAGUCGCCAAGUGAGAGUCAACAUUUGAGAGCGCUAACAAUUGUAUUGCUCAGAGUGACAAAUUUUUAAUAUUUUUAUUUUUGUUUACAAACAUUUAGACGCUCACUUCUGGUUUGUUAUUAGUUCUCUACAACUUGCUGAUAAGCAGUUUGGGCGAGUAAAUCUCAGCAAUACUAGGUACAUGGCUGCCACAGUGCCGAAAGUGAACAAAGGAUAAAUAAUAAAAAAUUCAAAAUAAUACAAAUAUGCCAACAUACAAUUAUACCUGAGACAGACAUGAAAGUUCAAUAAUUUAAAAUGGCCACAAGUUCUAAGCAAACAACUGCUUCACAGCGUAAUUCGAGUGAGUUGAAACUACAUUUCAUGAAGAAAUUAAUGAAGAAAAUAUUUUGCUUCUACGAUGAACAGUCUUUAAUUGAUGUGACUUUUAAAGUUUCUAACCCAGAGGCUUUUGUACCCGCACAUCGUUUGAUACUCUCAGCAGCGAGUCCUUACUUCGAGAACCUCUUCAACGGCGAUCGAGGCAAUGCUCAUGUCAUCGAAAUAAAUGAUAUCGAUAGCGAUAUCUUUGAACGCUUAAUAACCUUUUGCUACACCGGAAAAGCGCUGUUUACCGUUGACAAUGUCGCUGCGAUGCUGAAGGCGGCAAUCGUAUUGCAAUUGGAAGAUGCCGCGACCAUUUGCAUGGACUUCAUUAUGUCGCACAUCGAUGAAUGCACAUUACAGGGUGUAUAUGCGCUAGAACGCGAAACGCAAUGUGAACUUGUCAAGCGGAAAAUCCACGAAUACGAAAUACAGAAUUUCUUAGAGAUCAGCCAACGCGACGAGUUUCUCAAUUUUGAUGUUGAGAAAUUACAAUGCCUUAUAGAAUCGCACAAUUUGAAUGCAGCUUGUGAGAAAGAUGCCUAUGAUGCCAUAACUCGUUGGUUUAAUCACGAUGUUUCUGCGCGUCAACAACAUCUACCUCGUUUAGUCGCUUGCCUGCGGCUCACUCAAUUCGAUGUGGACUUCCUUUUGACUCACAUUCAGUCAUUACCUGGCUGUGAGUUGUUGGCCCUCCAGGCGUCCAUGUGGAUCAGUAAUUCCUCAGCAAGGCAUAGGAUAAAUAUCCGAUUUACUGAACCACGUGUAGGGAUCGGUGCUAGAAAUUGUGAUGAGAAAACAUUGCUGCUUGUUUACGAAGAGCAUAAUUCGUCGAAGGCAUGUGCACUUCAAUAUAAUAAAGCUGAGGACACAUGGCAAAAAUAUGCGACUCUAUAUAAGGAUACUAUAAACUCUAGUGCCAUUUUAAAGGAUGACAAUUUGUUAUUUAUUGGUGGUGAUAGCUAUAAAUCACCAUCCAAAAGUUUUCUCAGUUGGAAUAUUACAAAUAAAACAUGGCGAAAAUUGUCAAAAAUGAACCAUACAAGACAAGACCAUAGUGUUGUCGAAUUAGAAGGAAAAAUAUACGCUAUUGGUGGUCGUGGUGAGAAUAAUACUAUUUUGCAGUCAGUUGAAAGGUAUACAGCAUCCAAUGGUUGGGAGUUCGUGGCACCUUUGAUUACAGCACGUUGCGAGGCCGGUGCAGUGUCUUUGAAUGGUAAAGUUUACAUAAUAGGCGGUUCGAAUGGAAAAACCUUAAAAUCCGUGGAAUGCUAUAACCCGGAUUCGAAUAGUUGGACUUAUUGUGCAGUUAUGCGCGAAGAGUAUCCGAGCCUUAGUGUAGCUGCACAUAAUGGUCACAUCUAUGUUGUAGGCUAUUUUAAAGGUAUGCCAGCUGUUGAACGUUACGAUCCUUACCGAGACACAUGGACUCAGAUUUGCUCUCUGGAUGGCAAACUAAAUCUUACAACAAAACGCCCAUAUGUCCUCUCUGGUAGUUGGUACGGUUUCGCUUGCGCAUCUCUUGACAAUGAACUAUGGGCUAUUGGUAGCAGCAUGAACAAUGAGGCAACAGUCGAAGUUUAUAACGAAGAAAAUGAUCAUUGGGUACAGAAGAGGCCGUUACCCAAAGGUUUCAUAUAUUCAUGUUUUGUUAUACCCGUAACUUUUCUGACUUCAAAAUAAACAAACAAUAAUAGAAAUGUUGUUAUUUUUUAAUAAACUAAUAGAAGCGGCAAACAAGAAAACUUUAACGGCCAAAAUUUGCUUUAAUCGUUUAAGGUUCUUGUUUUUUCUUAAAAAAGGAAACCAAGCGUUAAUACUAAUUUCAAUUGUUUUUGUAGAAAAUUUAAAUAAAUAAAAAGCAAGUAAAUUAUCCGACUA